GGCAGCUAGCACGCGUUUUUGUCUCGUUGCCUCCCUAAUGAUAUCAAUUUUAUCACUGACCUGUAGUGUGUACUUUCUGUGUGUCUCUUCUCAACCUCUAGAUAUAGAUCUAUCCACGUAUAUACCGCAUUAGGAUACUGUAAAAAUAGGAUUGUGUGGUGCCCAGCGGAGGAAAGAGCACAUUAUACACAAAGUGCUCCUUGUGGUUUAGUUAUCAGUUCUGCGGUUGGUUCUUUUUAUCUGGAUCGAGUUCUUCCUGCACAUGACUAUCCCGGCGCUUGAGUGCUGUUCCAUCACGGAGAUCGUUUGUUUUGGAAGAACUUCGGUGAACGGUGACUUAGCACAGUGUGCAGUGCGGAGUGAGAGUGCACCAGUCUCUGAGGGCUGAAUGCGCGACUCGUCGCCAACCAUAAUUAAUCGGCUGACGUGAAUCUACGUUUGGUUUGGUGGAACGAUCGAAGUGACCUAUCCGCAUACGCGCCGCGUGUGUACGAGAAGCGAAGGUGUAUGUGAAGCAAGAGAGAGAGGAAAUUAAUACGAAUUAUGUGAAAAGAAGGCGAAGUGAAGAGAGUGGAAAAGUGUAGCAGCAAAAAUUUGUGCAGCCGAAAAUUAGUGCAAAUCAAUCGAAAGCAAAAGUGUACUUAACGACGAUCCAAUCGAAUCGUGCACGUGGGAAAGAGAUAGCGAUAGGGCUGUUUAGUGCUUACCUGUACCAUAAAAAUAAUAGCAAUAUAGACGCACAUGUACAAGCUAUACGUUGGGCAGAGUUCGCUCGGUUGGAUAUUAUUGGAUAAAUUGGAUUUGGAUUAAACAUCAAGUCGAUAACAAUUAGCGCACCAGCAACAGCGGCAACAAUAACAGCGCACGUUGCGUUGAAAAAAAAACACGAUCAUUGUUUAUAGACUGGCUCAGCAUUUCUGUGCAAAAGUUGCAACCCCAGCCCAAAUGCACUUUUUGCUAGGGUGUAGAUAACGAACCCCCUUUGGAUAACAAAACAGCGAUAACGUGGCGGUGGCUGGCGGUUCCCCAGGAGUGACACAUGAAUAUUCCAGUAAACCACUGACAACUUGUUGAGACGUUUCCGAGAGAGUGCUGCCGUCAUCAAGUUCUAUACCGCAUGAAGACACUUUCCGAAGAAGAAGUUAUUAUCUAGUGCGCGAGCUGCAUAAGUUUGAAGUUGCCUAACAAUCCCCUGCCGGGCCAGUUCUUUCAUAUAUCACGCGGUGGUUUCUCGUUGUGUAGUUGUUCCAUAGCCAGUGUGUAUUGAUGUUUUGUUGUUUCACCUUUUAUAUCUUACGUUGCUGUUGAUUUCUCGUGGGCCGAGAGGUGUGAUUUGUGUUUGCGUGCGUCACAACUGAAAGUGUUCUAGAACCACCCUCCCCCCCCAUUCAGGCGUUCUGAUGGAAAAGAAAUAAGAAGAGUCCGAAUAGAAAACCGAACCACCACCCCCGCUCGGAAGCAAUCGGAAAUCCUACUCAAGGAAAUGUGAAAGUGAGCGAGUGUGGUUCUGAUGAUUUUGCAUGCCCGCCGGUCGGAGAAGAAAUCGAUCCAACAACACGAUAACAACAGUGCCCAAUGCCGUCGACUGAAACGAGGCUCUGGAAAGUCUUUCUUCCGUUUGAUUAUUUUGGGUUUGUGCUGUAAGCCGGCUGGUGCGGUGCCGUGAAGUGUGAUUACAUUUUGUUUGCCUGGUUCGGCAUCGAAUUAGGAUUCAGUGACCCCCCACUCGCCCUUUGCUGCAAAGGGUUGAGCUCGCCUUCUUUCCCUUUUUAACCUUUUAUUUCGUGUUAACGCUCCGUGAGAUGAUGCAUCCACGAUCGUCCGCCGCGUGCGGCACCGGCAACGUGCCGGCCAAGCUAUACAAGCUGUGUCGCCUCUGCCUGGGCAACGUCGGUGACUGUGAGCUGGGCGAGUCCACGAUAGUGUUCCAGCAGUCACAACUGCCACAGAGAAAACGGCACCAGAAUGGCACAGCCAGUGACCAGGUCGUGCUCAUGGACCAGGACUCCGCCACCAGUGUUGGUGAUGGUGGUGGUGGUGGUGGUGGUGGCGGUAGCGGUAGAGGUGGCCGUGGCCCGGGAGCCGUAGUGGCCAGUAGUAGCAGUUCGAGCAACACUAGCUCUUCGAGCUCCAGCUCGAGCAGUAGCAGUAGCAGUGGUAGCAGCAGUAGCAGCGACGACGAUUACGACAACGAUGACGACGAUGAUAAUUUCUUCGACGGGGCCGACGAUGGGUCCAAUGUGGAUCUGGCCAAGCGGAUACGGGCGUGUCUGGCUAUUAAGAUCACACCGAAAGAUGGUCUCCCAACAGUGGUGUGUAGUUCCUGCCGCGAUCAGCUGGAAACGUGCCACCGGUUCCGACGGGUGGCGCACAAAACGCAAAAGUCACUGCAGAGCUUCCUCAGCUACGCUGCCAAACUGAGCGGAAGUCCACAGGAAAUCCUCUCGCAGUCGUCCGAGAAGCUGGAACACCUGAUCGCCUCCUCACCUGCCUCGUUAGCAGCGAAAGCGUCCGCCGAGCAGGACGCGAUAGCCGCCCUCCAAGCGCUACGCAACAACAACAAUCAUACAGCAAAGUCAGUUACCUCAGUACUUAGUAAAACGCAUCUACAAAACCUGGAAGCGAAUUCCGUAUCUGUGAUCCCGAUUGAGAGUAUGAAAAUUACGUCGUCCUCCAAUCAACAACAUCAGCAGCAGCAGCAUCCGUCGAUAAUCCAUCAAACGAUACACCUGCACCAUCCCCAGCAACAGCAGCAGGUGCCUCAACAGCAGCAAAUACAGCAACUACCAAAACAGCACCAACACCACCAGCAACAGCACCAACAGCAGCAGCAGCUGAUACAGGUCAAAAAUUUGACCCAGCUGCAGCAAGAACAUCUCGAAACCGCAGCGGUAUUAAUGGACAUUAGUAAAAAAGUGAUAAUCUCGCCACCCAGUUCGAACCCACAGUCGCCCAGUUUGAUUGCCGAGCAGCAGCAGCAGCAACAGCAGAAACAACAGCAAUCGCAACAACAGUAUCAACAUACUAUUAAUAACAACAACAAUCAACCACAACUGCAAAGUAUUAAGUCUUCUGUGAUAAAGCCUCACGAGUAUCUCCUGAACAGCCUAAAGCGAUCACCCAGCAGCGAAGAGAUGGAUCUUACCAUGAAACGCGUCAAAGUCGAACCAAACAUCCUGUCGCCGACCCUGCCGGCCACCACCCUGGUCAAGAAGAACGUCAUCAAGCGGGAACACAUGGACGACAUGGCCGUGGACGAUCAGGCCAGCCAGCACAGCGACUCGGCCGACAGCAGCGACUCGGGACGGCUUCAGAUGGACAUCUCCUCGCAGGACGCCGGCUCCGAGUGCACCACGGACGAGCUGAAACGAUCCAACAACAAUAAUAAUAACAACAAUCACCACCACCAUCAUCAUCACCAGCACCAGGUGGACCACCACAUCGGGCGGGAAACGCCGGACAGCUUAAAUUCGCUGGAAGAGCAGCAACACCUGCAGCAGGCGCAAAUUCAUCUGAGUCAGCAGUUUGGAGCGCUGGCCGAUGGCGCGGAUCCUGCUACCACACAGCUGUGGCAAGCUCUGGCGCAAAAUACAAAUCUUAUUGUCAACGGUAAUGGUAACGAAGCUACACAGCUUCUCCGAAAGAUGAUCAACGCUCGAACAUUAGGCCUUCAAUUUUCACCGUCCAUUCAGCUCACACCAGGAGUGUCACUUAUCAAGCAACCCGACUCGCACCGCAACAGUGGCCAGAGUGGUCGCCGGAAACAAUCAUGUCCCAGUAGAACGCCAGUAGAGGGCAACUCGCCCAACACCACGAUGGAAGCACUUAAGCUGACCACCUCGAACAAAGCCAGUGGAGUAACGACGAUAGUUACCAAUAACAAUAGAAGUAGUAGCAGCCCUGUUCACCUUCUGGAAGCUGCCAGUCAACUGAACCGUGCCAACUCAUCCAAUAUCUUGUUCCGAACGAAAACCGACGGCUCCCCACCGGGAGUGCUGCUGCCCGGGGUCAUCGAACAGCAGAACAGCGGUGCCGUCAGUCCUCAGUUGCAGGCUGUGAAGAACGCUGCUGCCCAGUUGGCUGCACAGCAGCUGGCGCAGCAAUCGCAAGCCCAGCAGCAACAAAGUCAGCAAUCAUCGCCACAACAGCAGCAACCGCAAGGCCAGAAUCAACAGCAGAACAACUCAUCGCAGAAGGAUAUGUCGUGUACGAACUGCGGAACGACGACGACCACCAUCUGGCGGAGGAACAUCCGCGGCGAGAUGGUGUGCAACGCGUGUGGACUGUACUUCAAGCUGCACGGUGUCAACCGACCGCACACCAUGCGGCGGGAUACGAUCCACACGCGGCGACGUCGUCCCAAGGGCGAUAAGGCCACCCGGAGGAAAUCCAUCAAACAGGAAGGAGGAGCGGAGGUCGUCGAUAAUGGCGUUGUGGAGGGUGCUGCGGACCUGCAUGCCCUGCAGAACCACAAUCUGCUGAUUGCGUUGCGGGAUGCGGCCCGUGCAACGCCACCCAACUUCCCAAUAUCACCUGCCUUCCAGCACUAUCUUCGUGUGACGCAGAACUUCGAUCCUAGCGGUGCUACCAGCGGCGGGGUCAUCGUCGGUGGCGGUGACCUCGACGGUGGCGAUGACAGCGGACCAGAAAACGAUAUAGACUCGUGCAACCUGCCGCUGAAUCUGGUUGCCACCCAGCUCGGUGGUAGUGACAACUCGCAACACUGACUGCGUCGGAAGCCCGUCAAAACCAGCUAGGGCCGGCGCCGACAGGUGACGACGCCUGCGCCAAAGCGCAAGAAGCGUCGUCGUCGUCGUAAGAAGCGGAAGCCGCAAGGAUCUCGCUAGUCGCGACAAUCGUCGUCGUCGUCGCCGGUGGUCAGGUGGAAUUGACGAGUGUUUUGUGACACUGAUUUUGGUAAGCUAGGAUGAUAAGCUAAGAAGAAAUAGGAGAGCCAGAUGGUUACGAAUCUUUUGAAUACUAUUACUACUACUGCUACUACUAUCAUAACUAUUACUGUAACUUCUUCAAAUACUACCAAUACAACUACAACUACAGAAAAGUGCUGACCAAGGGCAGCAACUAGCUUUACGCUACUACCCUACUUAAGAAGACUUGAGCAGUUCUAGCAAUCUCAAUCAAUUUUUCGCUGAAUAGUAAGAUGCAUGACAGUUUAGGCAGAUGAGGCAGCAAGCACCUCUACGACACAAACAAUCACCAACCGGAAGAAAAGCACACAAAUCUUUAAAAUUCUAAAGUUUAGAAAGGUAGUCUAGGAAUGAAAGAUAAUACUCACAACAGGAAAGGAAGCAAAUGUUUCAAUCGAAUCGGAAAAGUAAAUACUCUUAAUGCAACUAAAAAAAAGAUCUGAGAUCGAAAGAUAUUUUUAUUAGAAAGCGAGAACAAACAUUAUCAGUAAACAGCACACAAGAAGAGAACAAACAAGCAAUACAAAUCACGCAAACGACUGGAAGAAAAAUUGAUUAAAUUUGACUAAUUAGAUAUUGAACACUCGACGCGUAUUACUCAGAAUUUUUCACGCAAAAAAACGAGUUCGCUUCUCAGAAGCUAGCCAAGGAUUUGUUCCGGACGCCAUAGGGUUUCAAUUUUUUGUUUGUUUUAAAUUUACGUUCGUUGCAAAGAGAAGCUCAGCCUGAUAUCUGAUUUUAAUCGAACAAUUUUAUUACAUACAGCAACCGGCAAGCGAAAAAAUAAAAUGUGAUAGUUGAAAGUAGCGAAAGCAACUUUCAAGGACGAAUGAACAGUUGAAAUUUUUACCGAGGCCACUGGUCCCGCAGAUAUAUGGUUACUUAUAUAGAAAGACAAAUCAAAAUUAAUUGGUAGAGGUGCGCACGAACAGAAAAAAAGUAACGUAAAACACUGUUAAAUACUCAUAUUGGGAAGUACAUAAGGUAAGCUUUUCUUUUAAUAACUAGUUUCUAACAUCUAACCCCACGGUCACUCGAAAACCCUUCUUCCCUGUGUUUCCGAAUCCCAGUUAAACGUGAUCCCAUUGGCACAUGCUUAGCAGCAAAAACUAUAACGCGAUACUUAAUUGACACGCUGGUAGUGAUACUAAUUUAAUAAGUCCCGUUCUUUUGUAAGUAUUUUCCGAACUUAAGUUUUAGACUUGUACGAACCAAUUCAGCGCUCUCUUACUAGCCGAACCAAAAUCCAUCCAACUCCCCCAAGACACUUAGUGCUCGAUUCGUAAUAUUAGAAUCCCAAAAAAACACAUACAAUUUGUACAGUAUUAGAAUGCUGAAAUCGCCCGAAACAAAAUGAAAUGCCUUUUGUCCGUCCUGUCAGCAAAUUUCCUGCUCUACCUAUCUACUUAACAAGAUUUCAUUUUAAAAUGGAAAAGAGAAAAACUGAUGAAUCUCACCGAUCAAACAAUGGAGGAAAAAGGAAUGUUCAACAACCAAAAAAAAAAAGAAACAGUCACCAUUCGUCAUCAGACUCCAUCCGGAUAGGAUGGACCUUUUUUUUCUUAUUUCUUUCAUCAAAGUGUCUAGUCAUUUCAAAACUAAAAGAAAUAUCGCAAUCAGUUUACCGUUUCCCAUUCAGCAUGUCCAUGGUACAUUUCAAUCCCAGUUCUCAAAAUUGAAAUCCCUUAAUUAGCUUAAGCACUGCCUCUUACAAGUUUUCGGCACAGCAUACUAAACAACCCUAAACAAAUAACAAAUCGGAACCAUUUAUUGUAACAUCGAAUGAAGCGUUUGUAAUAACUUUUAAGGGGAGAGGUUUUGAACAUUUUUGCCUUUUUCGUACACCAAGGUGUAACGAAAAGUCUGUAUGUUCACUUCAAAAAAUUAAUUUUCGAUAGGAUGCCCGAAAGGGUAAUUUUUUGAGGUGAUGACUGUCUGUUUUUAAAUCUUAUUUUGAUAUUUUUUUAUAUAUCCCUAAGUCGAUGGUUUUCUUGGUCCGUUCAAUCUACAUAAAAUUUUGUUUUCUGCAUCUCAAUAUUUUUCCCAUUUCGAUGUAUUCUGAUCAUAUUUCAAUCGAGAUAAACUUUGAGCAAUAAGAAACUCAUCAAAAACAAGCAAUAGCAUUUGUUUUGAUGGAAUUUUUCAUAGCAACGAGCUUUUUUCGAUCUAGUACCCAUUGGAAUAUGUCUCCCAUUCCUCAAUCUCUCAUCAUCGCGAUAGGCCCUUCAAUAUCAAUAUAGGCCCAAUUAGCAGCUCGAAGUAGAUCGAAGUUGUUCCCACCCUGCUCGUUCUUUUUUGUCAACAAACGGGCAUGAGAGGCAUGGGAAUAACUUCGAGCUGCUCGAUGGACAGCAUUAAUAUCUAUAAACGGGGAAGUUGCUUGAACAACUUUUGAAUAUUUUUUUACAUAUCUCAAUCGACUCGUAAAAUGAGCCCAUACUAAAAGGUGAAGAAAUUGAUAGAAAAAGAAGGAUCUAAAAAGGUACAGAGCAACGAACAAAUUUAUUUGAUUGCAUACAAAUGCAACGUUUACAAUGCUAAUAUCUCCUCUUAGGGAGGGUAUUUGUAUUACACCUAAUCUUUACUGGUCUUUGUUUAGCUCCGGUCCUGGUAACGCUUUCGUCAGGAUAUUCACUGUUUGGAGAUUGAAAGCAACAUGUUCUAAUUUGACAUGUUCUAGUACAACAAAUCCAGAAAUCGGCCAUCUUUGAAAACACGUGCGUUUUCCAGUGAUUUUUCAAGAGUACGAGCAGGGAGAACCGUAACACGCAUCAUGCUGAAGAAAUUUGUAGAUCAUUUGCUUACUUAUACUGAACAAUCAACUUGAAUUUCAGCACUAUGCGAAUAUUAUUAAGACAGAUUUGGGCUUUUAGAUAUGGGAGUUGAAAACAUGUGGUGAAUAUGAAAUUCACUACGGGAUCCAUUGAGCAAUAAAUUACCUUAUCUCAACAUUUUCAAAUGAUGUGUGACAUGAAUGUAAUUCGUUCUCACCGAGCAAUUCAUUACCUUCUCGACAAGACAGAUCGAGCUUUUGUUGUUACACUUUAUGACCAAGGAAUCGUCGAUGUUGUACUAUAGCUCACGAAGGAAAACUUAUCAGACGGCUUCUUGAAUAAUCGUUGAAGAAGCCAAGUACUCUGCGGCAAUGGUCAAUAGAUCCACCGUGGCUUGUCUCCUGAAACAACUCCGACAAUCUGGAGAAAGGCAUAUCCGAUUACAGGCCGUCUCGUUUCGGGAUCAUUUGCCCAUUCAGCAUCACUGUAUCUGGAAAACGCCGAAUAUGCCUUCCGUAUGUACGUUAGUUUGCCCUGUUUGGUACCCCGGUAUCGUAUUACGGAAGGCUUCGUGCACUGUGCGAUGUGUUGAUGAUCUCCAAUCAGCUCAUGAAAUGGCAUCUGCUUAAUCUUCUCAAUCGCCAUCAUUUCAAGAACUCGUCGUCUUCAUUAAUCGCUGGUUCGCAUUGGAGUCGAUACCGGGUUGAAUUCGCUCAUGUUAUACUCCUCGUGUAGCUUAAUGAUGUACCGUUCGUGAUCGAUCCAAAUUGCGCUAUGGUUUCUCGCAGCUCCAGAAUCGACUUGGUUUGCCCUAAGUACAUAAUUUUGCAAUGAUAAAAAAAUCUGGAGUUCGGCACACAACUACCGGUUUACAUCAUAGACCAACUUUUGGUCGUAGGUGAACAAAAAAAAAACUCGUCAACUUCGACUACGCUACGAUGAUGAUUUUUCCAUUAGCCAUGAUGUGACGAACUUUGAACGCUGCAAUUGCUUAUUGUUUCUGGUCCAGCUUGGUUUUCCAAACCCUUGGUCACAUGUGGAAUGGGAGUUGGUUGCUGCUAUCAAUGGAAAAAAUCAACUAGCCUUGGUUUGGAUCUCCCAUAAGCUUACUUUUUUCGAGUGUAACAAGAGCGCGAUGCCGUCCAAGCUCUCAAGCUUCCGAUCAUCUUCCUCGUGGCUGUGAAGUUGCAAAUUCUUGAGGCAAAACACUGUACGUAAACGUAACGUUAAAAGCAUCAUACUUUCCUGGCAAUCUGCACUCUUGUUCGCUGAGCCUGAUCGUAUGUUGUAGAAUAAAUUGCGAAGUAAGCUGUUCCGAGUCUAGUUGCUUUCCUACGCUCAUCGAGAAUCACUGCAUAUCGGCUCCCAAAGACUUGCUUGUCCUGUGGGUUGUACAUUCGAUAGGCCAAUUCGCACGCUUGACCUUCGGAAAAUACGACAUUGCUCUUGCUCCGAGGACACUUAGAUUCGAUACCGAUGAAUUUCUCAAAGGGGGGAAUCGGAAUACCCUUCGAGGGCGAUAGAUUGAUUAGAUAGACCACUGACGACAGUCCUUCUGUCCAAAACCAUUUGCCAAACUUGCCCGUCGAACAGGAAACAUCCGGUCCAGUUAAUGCAUUCAGCUAGCCCGCUUUGUUCCGAAUUGUGCGGCACUGUUGUCUGUUGUGACGAAUGCCGUAAGCCUUGAAGAAUGUGACGAAAUGCUUAUCGACAUAUUCUCCGCCGUUGUCAGUCCGUAGGUACUUUAAUUUUCUACUGAUCCGGGCUCGGAAUAGAUCUUGAACUCCUUGAACGCUUCAAAUACAUGCUUCUUGGACUUCAGGAAGUAGCCGAAAAUCACUCGACUGGCAUCAUCGAUGAAGGUGACGAUAUAUCUGUUUCCAUCAAGUGGAUGCUUCUCCAUCGCUCCACACAAGUCCGAGUCGAGGACCUCUCUCGCCCUCCUCGAGUUGAUGAAAUUGAGUGGUAACCGACAAUGCUUCACGCUGGUUACGUGUGAGUGGCCCAACCGUCGAUGCCAAAGCUAUAGAUUCUAUAGUAUAGAAUUGUUGGCUGGAUAUUUGUAUAUUUUUUGAUGGUCUAUCUUACAAGUAGUCUUAAUUGAAAUAAAAACUUAUUUUUUAUUGGUUUAACAAACAUUUAAUCCGAUUUACAUAACGUAUUCUUAGCUCGUUGAACUAAUCUUCGACAACCGUAAAUGCGCGAAUACAUGCCGAGAUCGGUUCAUUGUAUCCAAACACCGUUCGAUGGUAGCGUGGUUGUAGUAAAGUAUUCCGCAGUGAUCUUUUCGGUACACGGAAGCUCAUCAUGAAUAGAAGAUCGGAGGCAUGCACUCGGUUGGCCAACCUGAUUCAUCCUUCUCACGUCCAAUAACGAUGUUUUAGUUUGGAAAAUUCACCAAGACCCAAAGCAGCAUAGUAGAAAAAAAGAACGGUCAAAGAUUGCUACCUUGCGGCACAACAGAUCUGUUGGUGGAAGGCGCCAACACACAUGCACUCGGUUGACCAACCUGAUUCAGUUGGUAGAGGCCUGAAUAAGCCAUCCUUCUAGUGUCCCAUAGCGAUAACUUCUCCUGUAGACUUGUGCUUGUCCUAACACGCAUCCUUGCAGAAAUUCAUGCAAUAGCUUUUCUGGUUGAAACGACACACGAAAGGAAAGUUCCCUAACAGCUUUGGAACACGGCUAGCUUGACGUUGUCUUCGGCCACCACCCCAGAUGCGUUUGCUACAUAAAUUGACUGUGGCACUCCAGCAUCUAGUAUCUAAUCCAUCUUUCUUCUGGUACAUUCUGCUUCUUACAAGCCAGAAGUGCCUUCUUCUUCACGCUUCUAAAUUUUGUUUGUUCUUGAAACUCGGUUUCUGUGGGUAGUGGCUUCUCGAACAUGAAUGGUUUGGCUUCUUGAUGGUUUGCCACUGUUUGCCAGUGCCCCACUUGGAACCAUGCUCGAUCGUCGCUUCCUGAAUAAUCUUCGAUUUGACCAAAUCAGCCUGCCGUCCCCUUGACUUCCGAUGCGUUCAUUCCCAUAACCAUUGGCUCGUAUCUGUUCGGCAGCUCCAUCAUGAGGGUCAAUGACAUUCACUCGUUGUCGAGUAGAAAACCAAUCUCCUCUCAUCAAAAUUUUGUCCACAUACUUUUUAAGGUGAUUAUACAAUUAAGCCAUGUGGUGAAUUUCUAAUUCACCACACGGUUUUCUACUCCUGUUGUAAAAAGUUCAAAUCUAGCGUAAUAAUUUUCGUACAAUGCUGAAAUUAAAGUCGAUUGUUUAGCAUAAGUAAGCAAACGAUCAAACGAAUGUUUCAUCCCCAUGGGCGUUGUGGUUCUCUCAAUUCGUGCUCUUGAAAAAUCACUAGAAAAAACACGUGGUUUCCAAGAUGGCCGAUUUGUGGCUUUGUUGUAUAACCACCUUAACGAAUGAACAGUCUUCAAGCUCCAAUCUGAUCAGCUUCCGCAGUAGGUUAUUAUUUCUGUACUUCACGUCGUUCUGGAAUACGGUCCGAAGACUUGUCCAAACUUGUUUGGCUGUUCGGGCGUUCUAGACCAGACUAUGAUUGUACCUUUCGAUACUCAGACAAAUCGUCGCUAAGGCACGGUCCUAGAGGUCCUCGCUGAUCUUAAGUUGUUCGGAGACUUUUUCAAAGAUUUCAAUAGGAAGGAAUCGUUUUUGAGAAAAAUGCUAGAACAAAAGUUAUUUGGCAUUGCUCAAAUUAGUGUAAAAAGGAAAAAAAAAGUUUUUCAUUGCAAAUCAAUAGUUAUAUGAUUGUUUUCAAUAGUUUAACUUUAAAGACGGGCCUAAUAUUGCUUUUUGGUGUUGAAAUAUUGUAGGGUGCUGUCAAUACGAUACACCGCGCGGCUGUUGUAAUGUUUCCAAAAGCGCAUUUGCACAAGAUUCCACGCGGCGUUCCACAUUCGAAAGGAACAACCGCACCUUAGGAAACGCCGCAAUGUUAUCUUCCCAUAAGAAUCGAGUAUACGGGCAGCAAAAACCGCGGUGCGUCGUUUCCUGUGGGGAACGCCGCGUGUACUUUUGGGCAAAUGCGUUAAUAAUUCGAUGAAGGUUAGAAGGUGCUCUACAGACACCAUGGUCGGAAAAGGGUGAUGAGACACGCUGUUUAACAUUUGGGGGUUUCCCGUAUUUUGUAAAUUAAUAAAUAAGAUCAUCAAUUCAUAUUUCAUGAAUAUAUUACUAGAAUAUAUUAUUAGAUGAAAUGUAAAGAGGCUGCACUUAUAACAAAGAGAUUAAGUGUCAAAAUUGGAACAGCGCAUUUGCUGUCAAAUCGGUUGAUCCAAUAGAGCACAAGGUCGUCUCUUUGUUUUUAAUCCAGGCUCGUUAAUGUAAUGCUCUUAAACAGGCUAUUGACAUCCUAUUGUUUAGCCCAUCGCCAGAUCGUAGCCAGGAUGUCCUAGGCCAUAAUUUUUUUUCAUACUGCGUUUCAAUGAUGACAGCGGGCUAUGUCUAUUGAUGAUGGCACCGCUCUUGUCACCGGCUCGCUCUUAAACAUUGAUAUGUAAAGUAGGCCUUGAAAUUGAAACAACAAAAAUCGAAGAGGAAUCCUCAACUAUCAAGCAACAAAUUGUCAGUGCCAUUUGUCGACGUUAUCAUUUUUGGGUAGAAUAAAAAGGCUAUGAUCAAAAGUGAUGAAUGCGGAAGAACGGUAAAAGAAUAUCAUGGACCACUUUUCAAGGUACGUUUUGGGAUAUUUAAAGUUUGUCAGUAAGAAAAACAUACCUUCAGAAAAAAGCUACUUUGAUAAUAUUGAAAAUUUGGCAGCCACGUGGUGGAUUGAGGUGCUGAAUGCUUGGAUAGCACGUGCUUUUUGUACUGCGGAUAAAUUUUACACAUCUAUGAGAGCCUUUGAAAAACGAUAACAAAAGUUGUGAUUCAUGCUACAAGCCACAAAAUACUUUGCUGAUUCAGGCCCUUGAAUUCAAAUACAUUCAGAGUGUUACUGAUUUCAGUAAUUGUGGAUUUUAUUUAUUAAUUUUAUUAAUUGUUGAUCCAUGAUAACUGAGUCCAACCGUUUUGCGUUUCUCGUACAUCGAGGUGUAGCAAAAGGACUGUAUGUUCACUUCAAAAAGAAUAUUUGAUCUAUGCUUGGAACCUUAUAGUGUUCUAUACCAAUCGACUCGACGAGCUGAGGUGAUGCAGGUCUGGGGAUGUGCGCAAAAAACCCACUCGCAUUCGCAUACAACUAAGUAUUUCGCUAAUUUAUUGGCAUUAAUUGUUCAAAAACUAUUUCAUCAUUACCGCAAACGUUUUUAUCGAUGUUACAACAUAUUCUACUACACCCGAUUCUUUUUUUACACGGGGGAUGCGUUCCGUGUAAAAAAAGUUUUCAUUUCAAAAUUUGAAAAUCCGCAUAAAAAAAAGUUUUAUGGUUUCUCGACGAAUCAUGCAAAAUGGAGCAACUUUGCAAAAAUUUUGUAUGGGAUUUUUUUUUACAAGGCCGUGUAAAAAAAAAAAUCCGUGUAAAAACAGAAUCGGGUGUAUUACACAACGAAUCUAUUUCUUUUCUUUUCCCCUUGCCUAAUAUUUGUCCAACUCUUCUCCUACUACUUCAGACUAAGAUAAGCACAGCAGCAGCUAAAAUGCAUUGUAUACCAGUUGUUUACCAGUUUAGUUGUAGAUCAGAUGAAAUACCAAUUUCCUUUCUGUCUGUUUUUAUUUUCCUAGCAUAAUAUCAGUAAUUAAGUUCCUCACCGUUCUUCCCGAACCCCGCUAACCCUAAUCAAUUGAUACUUUUAAGCAUGUUCCCCCAAUAUUCCUGUACUCCACCAACUGAGCUGAGUAUUUGUAUUAUAGAAAAGAGUUAGUUUCACACUCGACGGACCCAAAAAAAUCAUAUUGCAACUGCAAUGUACGCGUGUAUGGCUCUUCCCGCUCCCAUUUUUGAUUCCUAACCUAGGUUAAGUAAGUUAAGUGAAAGCCGUCGAACAAACGUAUGCCGGCGUAGGGUCACGAUGUACUCCCGAAAUGUUUCAAUUGAUUCAAAGUAUCCGGAACAUCUGAAUCUAGUUCGUAGUGUUCUACGUGUAAAAAGUCGUAGCAGCAGAAAUUCCAUCAGUUUUAAUUUGCAAGAUGGAAGAAAAAUCUCUACACGGUUAAGUUUUAAAAUCCCCGCUAAUUAAAUUUUAACAAACUUUUGGUGCGCAAUUUUCUUGAUAUUCGGAAUUAAAUUUACGUUAAAAACGUCCAAAAAUCAAAAUGAAACUCAAAAACAACAGAAACGGAUGGAUUGCAAAGCAAGUUUAUUCCCCCGUCGUCGCAGAUGCAACUCUUCGGGAACUCUUUGGAAGCAAUUUGAACGAAAGGCAGUGGAUUAAAAAAAAACAAGCGAUCUCUACUAAUCAAAUUUAUCGAUUUUAAAAUGGGUAUAUGUAUUAGAUAUUGGAAAUCCCAUAGCACACACACCUACACGCAAAUCAAAGCAACAAUGAAAACAAAAUAAGAUAAUUCGAAACAAUGCAGUAUUUUUGUGAGCUUAUAGCAAAGAGAGGAAAAAACGAAGGAAACAAAUCCCCCACACGGAAUGUUAGUCAAUUCACCACAUUUUAUUACCAAUUACAUUUAACGACACUUUUCUUUGUCUGUAUGGACAGAGUGAGAGAGGUAUAUGUUUUGUUCUCGUCAAUCCCAUGAAGAGCAGAUUGAAACACCGUUAUACAAAAACUCUACAUACACAUAAACGAGAACAAAAAACCUAAUCGUAAGUUUUAGCUAAUAGUUUAAGUGCGCAACUAACGACCUUACUUAUAGCAAGCUCAUUUCGUUAGCAAAAAUGAAAAACGUGAUUUUUAUUGUUUAGGAACCUAACUAUACAUUUAUACGAUUAGAUUCUAUAGUUUUUUUUUCGCAUAUACAUAAACCCAAACUUCUGCACGCAUCUCUGUAUUUAUUUCAUUUUUGGUUUCUAACCUAACAAAAAUAGGAGGAAACUCACACUCAUUUGCGCACGCACACAUACAUCCAAUGUACUCUUCACUAGGAGUGGAACUACCUAACACCCUUGAAAUCUCGUGUAGCUACUUAAUCGUUAAGGCUUUACCACCUACCAUUUUGAAUUAGGCUUACUUAGGAAGGAAGAAUCACCAUGUGUCUCCCUUAACAAGAGAACGAACGGCGGCAUUAACUCACUCACACACACUAACGAGCACUACUAUACUUAACACACGAAACAUGUACACUAGUUUUUAGGAACACAAAAACGCAUUUGAUCGGACCCUUUAUCUCCUUUUAUUUGUAUGCUCUCACAAUCAUCUCGACACUAAUUUAUUGCAUCCCUUUCCCCCCCUUAUUUGGAAAUGUAUGUUUCUUCACCCCGCGCCCCUCCUCUAAGUUGUAGUGAAACAAGCACUUAAAAAAGAAUGUGAAAUGUUAUACCAGUACUUUACGACAGGGUUUUUAAAUCUAAAUAAAUCGCAAACUUAGGCUUAGCUAUUUUAGGAAUAUGUAUAUGGUUGUUUUUAAAAUAUUUGCUAGAGGAAGCGAUCGUUCUCUUUUAAUAUAUAAAUUGAUAUUUUCAAUUGCGCGAGAUUCGACAAGCUCUUGAUCCUAGUGCGACUUUUGUAAGAUUUAUCCACGCGAUAAUUGGCGUUUCCUUUGUAUUACCAAAUAAGAUUUCUACAUCCUUCCCCCAGAUGCGUCCCAAUGUCCCCAUUUAGCCUAGAUUUUAAAUGAGAACGAAUAACUUUUUUACACUGAAACUUAUUUAAACAAAGAACUAAGGACAAUGCAGCUUUGUUAGUUUGUAGGCAUUUCUGUUGUGGUGAAGAAAAUUCACCACCCAUCUCUCACCAAUUGUAAUUUGUGUAUAGGAAUUCGCUACCCUUUCUCUAUCCAUCUCCUUUGCCACAAUUCCUCUAAAUUAAUUGAGAAAUGCGUUUUAAUGCGCGACCAAGAAAUAAGAAGAGAGCUUUACACUCAAACUAAAAUGAAAAGAAGAAUCGUUAUUGAAAGAAGCAAAUAUGACAAUUUACUAUCAUACUCAUACCGUUUUAUUGUGUGUGUAGAAUUUGAAUUGUUCUACAAAAAUGAAUUAGUUAUUGGUGAAAUCCAUGAAGCAAAAACAAAAAAAUGCGAACAAAGAAACCCACGGUCAUUCACAAUGAUCGUGUGACGAUGAGAUACCCACACCACGCUACACACAAAUUCGAUUAUUAUUAUUAUUAUUAUUGUAACAAGAUAAAACAAUACCCUAUUAUGAUUAUUUUAUUAAUUUUUUUAUUAAGGAACCGUAUUUUUUUCAAAAUAUAAACAUGUUUUUAAUUGAAAUACUCCAAA